UCUCAUCCCCACCCAUCUUCCUCUCUGCUAACACUAUAAAUAGGUCACUGGCAUCUUCACCCUCUUCAUCAGCAACGAAAAUCUUCGCAAGUAUGGCGCUCAAAGCUCUUUUACUCUUGUCUCUCCUAGUUAUAAGUGCUGGUUUAGCUCUGGCCAAGCAAGACCCGGAGCUCCACCAGUGCAAGCACCAGUGCAAGCACCAAAGACAGUUCGAUGAGCAACAGAAGGAAGAGUGUGAGAGAAGUUGUGAGGAGUACAUUAGAGAGAAAAAAGAGCGAGAGAGGGGACAGCAUGAAAGGAGGAGAGGAGAGGGAAAUAGUAGAGAGGAGGAGGAGGAGGAGACCCAAAGAGAGGAGAAUCCUUAUGUUUUCGAAGAUAAGCAUUUUGAAGACAGAGUUAGAACAGAGGAAGGCAGAGUUCAGGUCCUUGAGAAGUUCACAAAGAGGUCAAAACUACUUCGCGGGAUUGAGAAUUAUCGCGUGGCGAUUCUGGAAGCAAACCCUCACACAUUCAUUGCUCCAGCCCAUUUUGAUGCUGAACUUGUUCUCUUUGUUGCCAUGGGGCGAGCAACAAUUACAAUGGUGAGGGAGGAGAAGAGAGAGAGCUUUAACGUGGAACAUGGAGAUAUCGUAAGGGUUCCAGCAGGGACACCUGUUUAUAUGAUCAACAGGGAUGAGAAUGAGAAGCUCUGUAUUGUCAAAAUCCUCCAACCCGUGUCUGUUCCUGGCCAUUUUGAGGCAUUCCAUGGGGCAGGUGGCGAAGACCCAGAAUCAUUUUACAGGGCAUUCAGCUGGGAGGUUCUUGAGGCGGCUUUGAAGGUACGAAGGGAUCAGCUGGAGAAGAUAUUUGGGGAACAGAGGAAAGGAAGUAUUGUGAAGGCCUCCAGACAACAAAUCCGGGCCAUGAGCCAACACGAGGAAGGUCCCCCUCGCAUUUGGCCUUUUGGAGGCGAAUCAAGCGGCGGUCCAGUCAAUCUUUUCCACAAACACCCUUCUCAGUCAAACCAAUUUGGUCGUCUCUACGAAGCCCAUCCCGACGAUCACAAGCAGCUACAAGACCUGGACCUCAUGGUCUCCUUCGCUAACAUAACCAAAGGAGCUAUGUCUGGUCCCUACUACAACUCGAGGGCAACAAAGAUCUGUGUGGUAAUUGAAGGUGAAGGGUUCUUUGAAAUGGCAUGUCCCCAUCUUUCUUCCUCUGGAAGCUACCAGAAGGUUAGCGGGCGCUUGAGACGCGGCGUGGUGUUUGUAGCCCCGGCUGGCCAUCCGGUUGCAGUUAUUGCUUCACAGAAUAAUAACCUGCAGGUGCUCUGCUUCGAGGUCAAUGCCCAUGGCAACUUUAGGUUCCCUCUCGCAGGGAAAGGGAACAUUGUGAAUGAGUUUGAGAGGGAGGCGAAAGAGUUGGCCUUCAACUUGCCAUCAAGAGAGGUGGAAAGGAUCUUCAAGAACCAAGAACAGGAGUUCUUCCUUCCAGGACCAACCAAACAACAAGAGGAACGUGGUCGUGCUUUUGAAUGAAGAGAGGGGCUUUUAUCCAAUCGAUCAGAGCU